AUGGGUUCUGAUGAUACGGGAGGUCUAUUCAAAUGGACAAUUGAUGCGCUAUUCAACAGAGACACAUCUCCAUCUACAAUGUAUGAUAAACAACUGCAGCAAGACUCAUUCGAUGAGGAAAUAUACUCAAGACCUAGAGCCUCAUCUUUCUCGGAUCCAGAUAUUUACUCAAAAUAUGAAUUAUUACGAGAUGAGGACGAACCUGACUUAUUGAGACCUGUUAGCAUGAACGGGUUACCUUACGAGAAGCAGGAUACAAACACUUUCCACGCAAGAAGAGCAAGAGAGAGGCGAGUUCAAGAAACGCCAAAUAUUAGACGAGCACCGAAUCCCAACGAUCCCAUAAUCUCAAAAUUAUUUCAAGUCGAUGAAGAUGAUUCACAGUUAAACACUAAUGAGAUGAGGUCGCAACGAGAAAAAUUCAACACUGGACGGUUACCGGGCAAGUUUCCAUCUCCAACUAAGCAGUAUAAUGCUCGUAUAUCCAACAGGGAUGCAUUUACUGGAGCUGAAAGAAAAGCGGCAUCAACAGCUCCAGCAAUACCACCAGUAGCUCCAUCAGUGCAAAACUUGGAUUACACACCUGAAUAUGUGAAACUCAUGGAUAAAUUGAGCUUAAACAACAAGGAGCUACGUGAUUUAAAGGUAGAUGUCAGGGAAAGACAGAAGCACGGAAUGGAAAAGGAAACAGAAUUGAAAAAGAAGUACCUACAGAUACGACAAGAACUUAUACAGGAGCUAAAACAGUCCAAGAUGAUUUAUGAUAACUAUUGCAAGCUAUACUAUAAGUACAAAGGGGUGAAACGUUCCAUCCAACUGCCGACCCAAACACUAGCCUCCAAUUCUUCAAUGCUAGAUAAAAUUGCGUCCUUGGAAAAACAAAUCGUUGAUUUAUCAAUAGAAAAAGACAGGUUAAAGAAGAAAUCAGAAGAACGUAUCCUAUCCGUAGAACUACAAAAGAAGGAGUUGGAAAACAAAUUUGAAGUGGAAAGAAUGAUAUAUGAAAGACGGAUAAAGGAUUUGGAAGAAAAAUUGUAUGUUCACGAACACCCAAUACGACCUGCAACAGACACUAGUCCAGUGUCAUCUUCAUCAUUCAUGCCGCAUACUCAAGAAACUUCUGACAGCACUGCUUCGCCAUAUAAAGAAUACAACAAUACGAUAGACACACAAUUUCUAAGAAAUCUAGUCAAAUAA